CUAAAUUCUCAAAUCGUUUCGAACUGUUACUUCCUGUUUAGAAAAUGGCGUCAAUGGGAAAACAGAAGUCGUCGAAUUUAGACAAGUCCCUUAGUAAAGGAAAGCCAGAGGUUAAUAUUGCAACCUUUGCAUUGCUAUUUUCCGAGAUAGUCCAGUACUGUCAGAACCGAGUCUACACUGUGCCAGAACUGCAAAAUAAGCUGGCUGAAAUGGGGCAUCAUGUAGGCUCUCAUCUCCUAGAUGUUCUUUUCGUGCGAGAGAAAGGCUACAAGCGAGAAGUGAAACUACUGAGCAUGCUUAUUUUUAUCAAGUCCAACUUCUGGAAGACUGUGUUUGGCAGGGAGGCUGAAAAACUUGAGCAAGCAAAUGAUGAUGAAAGAACCUAUUUCAUAAUUGAAAAAGAGCCCUUAGUCAACCGAUACAUCUCUGUUCCAAAGGACAAAGGUAGCCUCAACUGUGCAGCCUUCACUGCUGGUAUGCUAGAAGCAGUCUUGAAUGGUGCCAAUUUUCCUGCAAAAGUAACAGUUCACUGGCAUAAAGGUACCUGCUUCAUGAUCAAAUUUGAUGAAUCUGUGAUUGCCCGAGACAAGACCAUUGACAGUCGAUAAUUUUAGUUGCAGCUCUUUAAGCUUUUUUUUGUGUGCGUAUAUAGUGGAUGUGGUAGCUAUGUUCCAAAAUGACUAUUUAAUGUGAAUGACCACUGAUUUUAAGGUUGUUCCCUUCGCUCCCAUUAACAUUACACUUUCAUUAACAUUUUAAGUUAUCUUGCACACUUGUUUGUGCACAUAUUUUGUGAAAUGUUCCGCUGUGGAUGUGAUGGCAAUUAAAACAUUAUAUAAAAAAAAUGCAGCAACUACAUAUACUAAUAUCCAUA